GUGUUUGUGUGAGCGAAUCUGUACUGGAGCACCGCAGAGAGGACGCCCCUCCCUGCCUCUCUCCGUCCCUCUGCCACAGGGCCACGGAGAGGCCGUACGUCUGCGGCUCACGCUCGGGGAUGGAUCAGGGAUCCGCCGCGGGCACCGGAGGGACCUUCAUUUCCCUGAGCGACACUGAGCAGAGAUGUUUCUCGGGGCUGUACGCUCUCUGUCAGCCCGACAGCAGCGGCAAACUGGCGGCGGGGAAAGUGGCGGAGCUGUUCCGGGCGUCGCAGCUGCCGGCCGAGACGCUGCACCAGGUAACAGAGGUGUGUGGUGCUAAGCGGCUUGGCUAUUUCGGCUGUGGACAGUUUUACGUGGCUCUGAAGCUGAUGGCCGCGGCGCAGACGGGUUUGCCGGUACGUCUGGAGAGCGUCGCAGGUGAACUUCCUCUUCCUGUGUUCAUCGGGAUAACAAACGAGCAUGAGAUGCGUUACCCCAAUCACCCCUCGACCAAUGAGAUUCAGGCUCACAUCCUGGGCUCGCUUCCAGGCUCCGCCCCUCAUCCCCCUGCAGACAGAGCUGUCCUCAGACACCCUGACACCAGCAUGGACAAACAGGAGGCGUGGUCUCCACCACGGUCACCUGGCAUCUCCCCGCCCCGCUCACCAUCAGCCUAUCGCAGCUAUCCAUAUGCUGCACAGAGAAACGGAACAGACACGCUAUUGGUGUAUGAUGGUAAAGUGGCGGGUCGUCCCAGCGUUCCUCAGGAAAACUCCUCUCCCAGUCAUUACUCUCUCAAAGUGCAGUCGGAGCAGCCGGUCAUCACACGCGUUGCUUCUGUGGAGCGGCUGGUGGAGCGAGCGGAGAUGGAUUACUCCGACGACCCCUGGAGGAUCACCGAGGAGCAGCGAGAAUACUACACCAACCAGUUCAGGAGUCUCCAGCCUGACCUCAACGCUCUCAUCAUGGGAACUGUUGCAAAAAACUUCUUCACCAAGUCGAAGCUUCCGAUUCCAGAGCUGUCUCAUAUAUGGGAGCUGAGCGACGUCGACAAGGAUGGUGCUCUCACUUUCCCAGAGUUCUGCACUGCCUUCCAUCUGAUCGUGGCCCGGAAAAAUGGUUACCUUAUUCCUGAAACACUCCCCGCCACGCUGAGACCCGGCUUCAUGGAAACAGGUGUGGUUACAGCGCCACCAUCUGAGGCGACUGAACCACUUAUUGUUUUUGAUGACCAUACGAUGCCCGGAGCCAAUCAGCUCGAAAUGGGUUCUGUUGACCUGCAGAUGACCUCUAGACCAGGUGUGACCGCUAAACAGGACACGAGAGAUGAAAGCAGGAAACCGGAAGAAUUCAGCCCAAAGAGAAUUCCAGACCCGCACGAAAAGCCAAUACAGCGUGUCAGCACUUUAAAACCAGAUUCUCCACAAGAGCUGGAUGCAAACAUGAAGUCAAGAACACGGCCCAGGUCGUAUUCCAGCACCUCCAUAGACGAUGCCAUGAAGAAGGUGGAGGAGCCGCCCACUCCUCCUCCUCGACCCCAGAAGACUCACUCCCGCGCCUCCUCUCUCGACCUCAACAAGCUCUUCCAACAGAGCGCUCAAGGUGCUAAAAGUGGAUGGUUGCCUCGUCCUCCAGCUCUCCCUCCACGACCCCCAGCUACACAGAUCUUCAGCUUCCUCUCUGGCUCAGAGAAGAGUUCCCAGAAGGCCGUUCAGCAGCCAAACUUUGCAGAUUUCAGCAAAUUUAGUGAGGAGCAGGAGAGCAGCGUGAGAGGAGGUCUGAGCACAGAGGACCUGGCGCCUCCCAAAUCGGAUUCUACACUGAGACAUCAAGGCCACACCCCUCAGAAGCCAGUGCGAAGAAAGCUCCACCCUGAAAGUCAGAGUGCCACGCCCCCAUUGGCCACGCCCUAUUCUGCUGCAACAUUGACCAAAUCUACACAGAGGCCUCCACCCAAGCAGAAGAGAGAGAUCCAGAUGGCCAUAAGGAAGAACCGAGAAACCAACGCAGUCCUGACACGUCUCAACAGUGAACUACAGCAACAGCUAAAGGUUGUGCAUCGGGAGCGAGUUACUCUGGAAUCCCAGCUGGAGUUACUGCGGCCCGUGACGUCGACCUGACCCGUCCUGACCCGACACGCGCUCGCCGUCCCUCUCUUUCUGUCCUUAACACUGUGAGCUGGGACAGGAUACGCACUUUAAGUGACCAAACUCUUGGGAUGCCACAAACACUGUGUCAGAAGCACAGGAAGAGGAUUUUACCUCCACGGGAGAAUGUGAAGAAUUCUAGGAAGUUUGUUCAGUCAAAAAAACUCUCUUGGUUUAGUUGGUUUUGGGUUUGUGUUUGUGUGUUCCUGCCUGUUUUACAGCCGAAUCACGCUAACAACGCUAACCGCUAGUUACACAGACUAAUGCAAAAGAAAAAGUUCAGUAUUUCACUUCAUUCCAGGAAACUGGAAAUCAGUUUAUGGUUUAUCCAAUGGAUCUGGUUCUAUAACUGCACAAAUGCAUCGAGUAAUGAUUUAAACUACUUUUUCUUAUGUUCCCAUAAUUUUAAUAAAAAUUAAUUUGUUUGAGGCUAAUCCUGUUCUACCAAGAAUAAGCUUAUAAGGGUGAAUCAUGAAAAAGUCAAGAAACAUUUCACCCCAAAAUCAGAAGAAAAACUGAAUUAGAAUUAGAAUGUCUAUAAAUAUAUAUAAUUAUUAUUUUAUGUAUUAAAAUGAACAUGUAUACGUGUAUACGUGUAUACGUGAACAUAUAAUGAACAUAUAUAUGUGUAUGUAUGUGUGUGUGUGUUCAAAUCAAAUUCUAAAUAUAUAUACAUACAGUAUAUGUUUUAAUAAUAUUUAAACGUCUCUAUAUUUAUGGGUAUAAUUCAUUCUCAUUCAUAUAAUUUAUAUUAUAAAAUAAUAUAAUGUAUAAACAACAUAUUUUUCUGAAAUAUACUUGCCUAAUAAAUACACACACAGUAUGCACACACAUUAUGCAAAAAAAAUAUAUUUUGGAUGCGAUUAAUCAUUUAUCAUUUGACAAGACUUAAAAUAUUUAGUUAUUUUAUAUAUAAUUAUAUUGAUAAUUAUUAUAAUAAAUAUAGAAUUUUUAAUGCAUAUAGUAAAGCCUAUUAAGAUUUAUGACAAUUUAAUCUAUAAUUUAAUCAUUAACUGAAGUCAGCACAACAAAUAAUAUCCUCAUCAUAAUAAUAUGUAAUAUUUGUUUUCCAUUAUAGUAAAUAUUAAUAAUACUUUGGGGAUAAAAAACAAAACAAAAACAAGCUCAAUUGUUUUUGAGAAAAAUAUAAUUUAUUUUCUCAGAAUUUCAGGUAUUUUUUCUUUUGGAUUUGGGGUAAAAAAUUCUCCCUUGACAGUUUUUGUGUGAUUCGCCCGUGAUGAACACUGUUGGGAAGUAAGUCAAACGUAGAAUGAUCAUUAUUUUAUGUGCUGGGACAAAGAGUGUUGAAUGUGUUGACUCUUCAGAUGUGAGUGUGUUUGUGUUCAUGCAUGAGAUGAACGUUGACACUGAAGAGGCAUUUCUUUUUACUAGUUCUGACGGCAUGCUGUAUGUGAGUAGUUUGACAGUACAGGACUGUUUAUGACUGGAAUAUUAGAAUAUGUAGACGUACCUGUUAAAUGCCACUAACCUCAGAUCAUUGAGGGUGAUCCAGUGAUUGUGCUUGUAAUGGAUUACAAAAACCAUCCAUCCAUUUGUGCUUUUAUUGCUUGUCUUAUCUUAACUAUUAUUUCUAACUUUUCUGUAAUUUCUUACGCAUUUAUCAAUAUCCUAAAAAUAUUUUUUGGGGGGUAAUAACAGUAAUUAUGAAAUGUCAAAAAAAAGGUUGAUUGUUUAAAAAAAAAAAGCAUUAAAUGAAAACCAGCCACUGCAAAAAAAAACUAAGUAUUAAUGUCUGUAUUUUUUUGUUCAAAAGUGUGCUAAAUACUUUCCUAUGCAAAUCAUGUUGGUGAUUUUGCGGGCCGAGCUUGUUGUGGGCCAUGUUGUGUGUUUUUGAUACUGAUUGACUUUAUCAUGCACUGUGUUCUGAUGCUGGAGUGUUCAGGAAUAUUCUGUUUGUGAGUGUGUGUCAAUAAACAGGGUGGAAUUAUGGGA